AUGGCGGCGGAGAACGGCCAGAGCUUAGGAAGCACCUCCGAGGCGCCGGCGAUGGAAAGCCGCGGCCCGGCGAUGGUGCUCCCGGGCUUUAGAGACGCAGAUUCCUUCGUGAAGCAUGCCCUUGGCACGGUGGUCUCGGCCACCAAGGCUUCCUCCGGCCUCCCUCAGCCUGGAGACGAGUACGAUUUCUACCGCAGCUUCUCCGGGUUCCAGGCCUACUGCGAGACGCAAGGGGAAAGGCUGCUGCAGUGCAUGAGUAAAGUGAUGCAGUACCACGGAUGCCGGAGCCACCUUCAAGACCACAGCAAGAUCACAGAGCUGGAGGACAAGUUUGAUCUGCUGGUGGACGCCAACGACGUCAUCUUAGAACGAGUGGGCAUGUUGCUGGACGAAGCUGCCGGAGUGAACAAGAACCAGCAGCCGGUGCUUCCCACGGGCCUGCAGCCUCCCAAGACAAUCAUCUCCAGCUGGAAUCGCAAGGUGACAAAACAUUUCGGCAAACAGUCGAAUCUGGAGACCUUCCGCCUUCUCCACGCGAAGAACAUUGCCCGCCCUCAGUUCAAGUUCCAGGAGAAGGUGGACAAUUCCAACACCCCGUUUGUGCCCAAACUCUUCAUCAAGCCCAACGCUCUGAGGCCCUUGCCCCAAGCCCUGCUGAAAAGCCGUCAAGAGCGGAAGGAGCGUCCGGAAGACCUGGAUGUCCCCGCAGCCCUGGCUGACUUCCUGCACCAGCAGAGGACCCAGAAGACGGAGCAGGACAUGUUUGCCCACCCGUAUCGGUAUGAACUGGAACGUUUUUCAGUGCCCGCAGAAUUUCUCGAGAAGCCUCAGGUCCAGCUGUUUCGACCACUGGCAGAGACUCCCUGCCACUUCAUUUCCACCUUGGAGGGUUUGGUGGAUCUGAACGAGAAGCUCGUGGGCUGCAAAGAGUUUGCUUUGGAUUUAGAGCACCAUUCCUAUCGGAGUUUCUUGGGGCUGACCUGCCUGAUGCAAAUUUCUACCCGGACAGAAGAUUUCCUUAUCGACCCUUUUGAGCUGCGCAGCCACUUGUACAUCUUGAACGAGACUUUCACCGAUCCUGCAAUUGUCAAGGUCCUUCACGGCGCCGAUUCGGAUGUGGAAUGGCUUCAGAGGGACUUUGGUCUCUAUCUGGUGAACGUCUUCGACACUCACCAGGCGGCCCGGCUCCUUAGCCUCGGGCGUCACUCUCUCCACCACCUGCUGAAACUCUAUUGUGACGUGGAUGCCAAGAAGCAGUAUCAGCUGGCCGACUGGAGGAUCCGCCCGCUGCCAGAGGAAAUGGUCUUUUAUGCCCGCGAGGACACCCACUACUUGCUGUAUAUCUACGACAGAGUGAGAGAGGCUCUCUGGGAAAUGGCCAACGAGCAGCCCACUCAGCUCCAAGCGGUUUGGCAGCGAAGCCGGGACCUCUGCUUAAAGAAAUAUACCAAGCCCAUCUUUACGGACGACUCGUACCUUGAACUUUAUCGCAAGCAGAAAAAGCACCUGAACACCCAGCAACUAACAGCUUUUCGGCUGCUCUUUGCCUGGAGGGACAAAAUGGCGCGCCAAGAGGAUGAGAGCACAGGAUACGUCCUCCCCAAUCACAUGUUAUUAAAAAUAGCUGAGGAGCUGCCCAAGGAGCCCCAGGGAAUCGCUGCCUGCUGCAACCCAGUUCCGCCUCUGGUCCGCCAGCAGCUGAACGAAAUGCAUCUCCUAAUCGGCCAGGCUCGAGAGAUGCCCCUGUUGAAGUCAGAAUGUGCGGUUGGCGUGAGAAGGAGAGAGCCUCUUCAGAAUCAAGAGAAACUGGAGAACCAUUUGUUCGGGCCUCACGACAGGUCCCACAGUUCCCAGGAGGAGAAGCUCAACUAUUUGGAUCACGAAGGCCCUGGACUGCCUUUGGAGCACGCAAAGCUCUUUUCAGAAGCGGAGCAGACGGGCCUCGUGUCCCCCUUGUGUCUCCAGUUCAGAGCUAGCAUCAGUGUUUUCAACGAGCCCGAAGAGGAUCAGAAAGGCGAAAACUUAACGGUGGCCCAGCUGAAAGCUCAGCAUAUCAUGGAGUCCUUUGAGAAUCCGUUUCGAAUGUAUUUGCCAGCAGAGCUCAACCCGGUUCACAUCUCUCAGGCUGCGAAGGCUGACCCGUCCUCAAAAAUCUACGAGAUCAGUAAUCGGUGGAAGCUGCUCAGCCAGGCCCAGCUUCAGGCCGGAGCAAAGAAAGGAUCUGCCAAGCAAAAACCUCAAGCAGCCUCCGUUCCCCAAGCAGCCCCGAAGGAGGCAGAGAAGGAGCCCCGAAUCAAAGACACGGAGAACGUCUCUGUUCGCCAGUUAGCUGCCCAAGAGCAGGCUGCCCCAAAGCGAGAGGCGGCAGAGGAGAAUCCUGCGACGGAGACCCUCCAGAGGAAAAAGUCCAAGCCUGACUCUCCGCAGCCGGAAGCAGACGCUGCCGCCAGCCGCUUCACGCCCUUCGACUACAGCAAAUCCGAUUUCCGAGUCUUUGCGGGGAGCAGCAAAUCCAAGCCGUCGCGGCAAUUUAAUCCCGCCCUCCAGGCCCUCGGCAGCAAGGGUGAAAGAAAGAGACCGGCCCAGCCGGCUUUCAGGCCUAAGCUGGAACUCAUGACCUCCUGGUUUUUGGCCCGGUGCCUUAACCGCUAG